CCUGCCUCUCCGUCGAUGUCCGCGCCGGGGUGGGUUUUUUUCACUGUGAUGACCACAGAUUAACGCCCAAAAUGGCGGCACGGUUGAAAAGUUUUGCCCGUCGGAUACGAGUUCGUCCGGUUUACAGACUACUUAUUUAGUUGCGUUUUUUCAGCACCGUUUCCGCGGUGGUGACACGGCGGCUUUUCUGUUAUAAUGGUUAUUGAAUAAGGGAAAAAUUACAGGAUGGCGUUUUGCUGUCCCCUUAAAUUCCGCUACCGCUUUACCAAUGCUAGGCUUACUCGAGGCUAACAAGCUAACUACUUUCAGGUGAGUGCCGGUAAAAAGCUUCGGCUGCUAACGUCAGUUAUGUAUAGUCCUACCUGGAUCGCCAAGCUGAAUAUGCGAAAGAGGAUAUCUCCAUAGAAAUGGAGGAUGAUGUGAAAAAAGUGAAAAAGCCGGGUAUCGUGUCUCCGUUCAAGCGGGUCUUCCUGAAAGGAGAGAAGGGGAGAGACAAGAAGGCCCAGGAGAAAGCCACUGAGCGCAGGGCACUCCACACCUUCUCGCUCUCUCAGCCCGACCACCGCAUUGACCCUGACAUCCUGCUUAAUGACUAUAUUGAGAAGGAAGUCAAAUACUUGGGACAGCUGUCAUCAGUUCCGGGAUACUUGAACCCGUCAAGUCGCACUGAAGUGCUGCAGCUCGUUGACAACGCCAGGAAGUCUCAUCAGUUGGCCGGCCAGCUGACGUCGGAGCAGGACGCCGUGGUGAGCUUGUCGGCGUACAACAUAAAGCUCGUGUGGCGCGACGGAGAAGACAUCAUCCUCAGAGUGCCCAUCCACGAUAUCGCUGCUGUCUCCUACAUCAGGGACGACUCUUUGCACCUCGUGGUGAUCAAAACGGCCCAGGAGUCGGGCGGUUCCCCUUGUCCCAGCUCGUGUCCGGACCUCAACAAGUCCCAGACGCUGAGCUCCUUAUCGGAGGGCGGAGCCGUGCUCGUGGAAGUCUGCUGUUUGCUUGUGCUGGCCGUCGAUAACAAGGCAGCAGCAGAGGAGCUGUGUCUUCUGCUCAGCCAGGUCUUCCAGAUCGUUUACACAGAAUCGACCAUUGACUUCUUGGACAGAGCCAUUUUUGACGGAGCAACUACACCUACCAGACACCUUUCUCUUUACAGCGAUGAUUCUUCAAGCAAAGUGGAUGUUAAGGAGGCCUUUGAAGAGGAAGCCAGCGCAUUUCCUUUCCAGGCCUCCAUGGAGGCAGAAGGAAACUCCCCAUCAGCAUCGACCCCGGCGUCCCCUCAGGCGAAGACCGCGAGUGACGGAGAUCUCAGCACCACUGCCGCCGAGCUGCUGCAGGACUACAUGACCACGCUGCGGACCAAGCUGUCAUCGCAAGAGAUCCAGCAGUUCGCCACCUUGCUCCAUGAGUACCGCAACGGGGCGUCCAUUCACGAGUUCUGCAUCAACCUGCGACAGCUCUACGGGGACAGCAGGAAGUUCCUCCUACUCGGCCUGCGUCCCUUCAUACCGGAGAAGGACAGCCAGCACUUUGAGAAUUUCCUCGAGACCAUCGGCGUGAAGGACGGCCGCGGCAUCAUCACGGACAGCUUCGGCCGAUACCGCCGCACGGCCAGCUCCGCCUCCGAUUCCACCGCCAACGGCAACGGCGCGGCGGGAGGAAGCGGCGCCUCCGACGAGGGCCAGGAGGCCCCCGAGGGAGACGAGUGGGACCGCAUGAUCACCGACAUCAGCAACGACAUCGAAGCUCUGGGCUGCAGCAUGGACCAGGAGGGAGCGACACCCUGACACCGGCAAUAAGGAGAGGUGCUUUUUAUGUUGUUGUUGUUGCUGUUGCUGCUGAGAGAUGAGGACUCUUAAUGGCCGCCAGACCUCAGAUGAACAGCGGCCUUGAGCUGAGCGGAUCAGAUGAAGGGGGUCCUUCGCACUGACCUAAGAUAUUUGUAUUUUCCUCUAAUUAUCCAGAGGACGUUCCCCUUUCCCCCGACGCGCUCAAGGAAAACCUCGACCUAUUACCACGAAAACAUGAAGUCAACAAAUGCACUUAUGCAGCCCGUAGAUGACGAGCAGUCAGUUGGCUAUUGUUGCCAAUCAGAGGGAUUUGUAGCCUUCGACGUAUUUCCUUCUGAUAAAAGUGUCCUUUUGAUUUUUGUACCCGUUUAUUGGCAGUAUCUGCCACGGCUGUCAGCGACGCAGCGAAUAUCUCCCGUCUUUGGGAAUAUUUCAGUGUCUUUUUGAAAAGACUCUGGAGGCUCCAGAGGACUGAGACCAUGUUGUAUAAGGUGAAGACCGAGGCUGUACUUGUCUGUGCUAUCGUCAUGCUAUAGGUCACUCAGUGCCGCCCGCCAGGAGUUUUACUCACGUUCAUUGCCGUGAAAGUGUGAUAUUUUGCUAUAUAUAUAUAUAUAUAUAUAUAUAUAUAUUAUUUUUCAAUAAGAUUUGCGUACCAGUUUGUUUUACACUAUGCUUUUUGUUUACUCAUUUAUAUAAAUAUAUAUAUAUUCAAACUGACCGAGGAAAUGUUGUAAAAACAUUCUCACUCAAUUGAAGCGAUUGAACAGGGACUGUAUUUGACAAAGCCAUUUAGGCUGAUGUAAAUCUCUGGUUGUUUUUUGUUUUCUCGUGCAGGGCAUCUUGUUGUGUAUUGUGACAUUACAUGUAUCUGUCAUUGUGCCUUUUCCACUUCAGUACUGCUGCCAACUGUCUGUCUCUCUCACACAGACCGGUAAUUAUGAACUGUAACUACAGUUGUUGAGCAAAUCAUGGUUAUUAAAUAACAGUUAUUUUACAAAGUC